UGGUUAACAUGCAUGUAAACCAUGGUUAACCAUGCAACUCCCUCCUCCUCUCCUCCCUCAGGUCCACGCUUCAUAAGCCGUGUGCAGCCUCUUGAGGCUCAGUCAGUCAGCCCACGGAAAGAGCCGACACGCACACGCGCACGCAAACGGACACGAUGGCUCUGGCCGAGGCGUCCAAACAACGCGACGACUCCCACUUUCCGGAAAUCGUCGAGCUGAACGUCGGGGGACAAGUGUACGUCACCCGGCUCCAAACUCUGGUCGCGGUGCCGGACUCGCUCCUGUGGCACAUGUUCAGCCGCCGGACCCCGAAGGAGCUGGCCAGGGACACCAAAGGCCGCUUCUUCCUGGACCGAGACGGCUUCUUGUUCCGUUACGUCCUCGACUACCUCCGCGACCUGACCUUGGUGCUGCCGGACUACUUCCCAGAGAGAAGCCGACUGCGGAGGGAAGCGGACUUCUUCCAGCUUCGGGAGCUGGCCAAGAGGCUCUGUCCGCAGGUGAGCAAGGACAACUCCAUCAGCGAGGAAAUCUGCCAGAGCGAUACCGAGGACGCACCGCUCCAUGGCAGCCAGCCACUGUGCGCAUCAGCCGGGGGCGCGGAGGCUGCGUUACGCACCAGCACGGCCGUGCGCUCUCCGUCCAUGGACUCCAGGAAGUCAGGCUAUAUCACCGUAGGCUACCGAGGCUCGUACACCAUCGGCCGGGACAUCCAAACCGACGCCAAAUUCCGCAGGGUGGCACGCAUCACGGUAUGUGGCAAGACGUCCCUGGCCAAAGAGGUUUUUGGAGACACGCUGAACGAGAGCCGAGACCCGGACCGUCCGCCGGAGAGGUACACGUCGCGCUACUACCUCAAGUAUAAUUUCCUGGAGCAGGCCUUUGACAAGCUCAACGAGGUGGGCUUCCACAUGGUGGCAUGCAGCUCCACGGGCACCUGCGCCUACACCAGCAAUGAUCCUGGCGAGGACAAAAUCUGGACAAGUUACACCGAAUAUGUCUUUUGUCGAGAACAGUAGCAACAACACUUUUUAGAUGGAAAUAAAUGGCCCCUUUUAUUCUACUACGUCCUUGGAAUCAUUAAUAACCCGUAUGACCAUUUCAUAUCCAAAGAUUAGAAUGCACCCCAAACAAAAAGAUACUGAAAUGUAGAACUGCAUGGUUGUAGACCAGUGUUUCCUAAUCUUUAUGGAGUUAUGUGCAUAUAUUUACCACCAAACAAAAACUUACAAGAAGUCUAAAUAUACCCUACAGUGUAUCUCUCCGCCUGUAUUUGCAAAUUCAUUUUUGCAAUUCAUCCUCUGUCACUUACCCCAAAACUCACCUAUCUGCUGUUAUGUGCUCAACUGAUACCAAGGAAAUGUUAAAAGUGAGUUCACGAGCAUCAUUUAGACUGUUUUGGGGCUGAUGUCAAUUACCUCUGUCUUUUGGACGCAGGGCUCUGUCUCAAUCCCGUUGAGUAGUUGAGGUUUACAGAACUAAAAUAAUGAUGAUGCAUGGUGGUUGUGGAAGAGCAUUUCAAUGUACAGCCUGUCACUAUUGUGAACAAAGAUACAUCAAUCGUAGGAUUUCUGGACGAAUAAAGUGACAUGAUACGUACAAAACAAUGAUUAUGGUAUUGUGUAUGUAAUAUAAAAGUUGCCAACAAAACAAUCAGGCUCCAAUAAUAACAUCAUUUUAAAUUAAACUUUUAAACACGUCAGAGAGAGAUACGAUCCAUGUUGAGAAUUGGCACACUGUUAAGAACAAACAAUUAAUUUUUUUUGUAAUCCAAUUAAAACUAACCUGUGUUGUGAAAGAACCUUCAGUGGCGACAGAAACGAUCCAAUUUAGUGCAAAGUUGUAGAAUACAACAAAACAUUAAACUAGGUAGAAGACCAGCAUCUGAUUUUCAACUCAAUGCUAUCUUAAUUAGGAGGACAAAAUAAUUCAUUUCAAAUUAUUUGUCAAACAGACCUCAAGGUCCUGACAAUGGGGCUGCCAGAUCGGUCCUUUUCUUCACUGUAUAUAAAAGGUUUUACAGUCCUUUUGCAUAUCGUCCUAGUCCAAUAAAAUGCAUGUUUUUGAUUUUUUUUUGUUGAGUUUUUUUGCUUUUGGUCUGAAACAAGACAUGCUAAGUCAGGUGGUUGAAUGCAAAAGCUGUUUCAGCUCAUAAUGUAGCUUCAGUGAGACAUGGUGUAACUCAGCAAUGAAAUGGCAAUUUUAUGUAUGAAUAAACUCAUAAUACAUA